AGAAGGAAAUAUCAGAGAUUUGCAAAACGUAAACCAUGUGGGUGUCGGAGAAAGCAGAAAACACCACAGACAACGUGGAAGUGGUAAUAAAUGUGGAGAAAGAAGAUGAAGUGUGUGUGUGCCGUGUCCCGAAAUCCUUGAUAAGCGGCCACCCAGAAGCUUUCAGCCCUCACUUUGUGGGGCUUGGACCCUACCACCGUACCCGCUUUGAGCUCACCAUGACAGACGAGCUCAAGUUAGCUGCAGCAAGAAGGAUCAUGAACCACGCCUUCGAAAUCCACCUCUCCGAUGUUGAACCUUUCUACCACCAAGAUACCUUAAAGUCCUAUGCCCACGAGAAAGACAUGCUCCUCAAGGGUAUCACCAUCGAUGGCUUAUUCUUGCUGGCUUUGCUCAACAGGAGUCUCGAUGCCCAACCUCAGCAGCACACUUACUUCUUGACGGGAAAACGUGGCAUGCCCCUCGUCAACGCUUUUGGUGUAGAGUUGACCAUCGACGCUGUCAGCAGGGACGUUUUCAUGCUCGAGAACCAAAUUCCCACCCGUGUUCUUCAUCAAAUCGACCAAGUCACCACCCCACACGGAAUUCAAUCACACGAUUUGGGUGCAAAAAUGUUACGUUUCUGUAAAAAGUACUGUCCACUCGCCAAGCCUGAAAGUCUCUCCAAAAACGCAGAAGAGCAUUCUCAUUUGUUGGAUCUCAUGUACCAUUUGGUAGCACCUAUGGCCCCCCAGACUGCAAUACCUAACCCUGAGGUUGACAACGAGGUUGACCCUGAGGUUGGCCCCCACCCUAAGCCAGAUACAGCGACGACUGAGAAGCCUGAACCUGUGGCAGUGAUGACUGACAAGCCACCCGAGUCAGUGGUAGUGAAAGCUGAGAAGCCCGACAUGAGAAGCAGUAAGACAGAGAGAAAGGGAUGCUGUUUCAUGUUCCGUUCCAUAUGCUUUACGAUACUAAUCUUUUUUAUGAUCAUAGGCUUAAUUUUGUGGUAUUUGCUUCUUUUGAUAUGGCGAAUAGUUAUUGGUGUGUUACUUAUUCCUUAUCGUAUUCUAGCUGGUAUUGUUAAAACAGUGGUAAUAGUAUCUGUGAUGUUUUUCUCUUCCUUUCUCCCCGUGAGUGAGGACAUGGCAACAGUAAUUGGUCGCAUGAAGGCACCAAAAUCAAAACAACCUGAAGAAGGAAAAGUUUCAACGUUGGGCAACAUCUUACCUAAGAAAUGGGUUGAUAGAAUUCGGCGGUACUUAUUUGGGGACGAGGAUGAACGCCCCGCUGUUACAAUCCAAUCCGUGACUGAACUGGAUGGUGCUGGGUUUCACUUCAAACCCGCGAACAGCAUCAAAGACAUUAGAUUCGAGGCUAGAAAGAAGGAAUUGUUUUUGCCUGUUAUAAAAUUAGAUGAGAACUCAGAGGUGAUAAUGAGAAACCUGGUGGCCUACGAGUCAUUGACUAGAUCCACCUACUUAAUCUUCACUAGGUACAUUGAGAUUAUGAGAGCUAUCAUAGACACUCCUGAGGAUGUGAAUCUGUUGGUGAAGAACGAAAUCAUUGUGACUAAGCUGAAUGAUAAAGUGGUGGCAGACCUUUUCAAUGGGAUGAGUACAUCCAUUAGGCCUACCGAAACUCCUGAACUGGAAGAAGUGAUGAAGAAAGUCAAAAGGAGGUUUGAAGAUAGCCAGUGGCUACACAAGCUGGUGAAAUACGUGUCUUCUUCUUGGAAAAUCCUGACAGCUAUUGCGGCUUUUUCUUUCUUUGUUCUGAACACCGUGCAAACCUUUUGCUCUGUUUAUGACUGCGCUUCUUAUUUCUCCUCAAAUUUGGGUAAACUUCCAGCAGUUUCGGAUAAUGGUUUAAUAAGUUAUAUUUAAGGCUAUCAUUGUAUUUCGUAAUUGUACUUGGUUGUUUAUGUACUUGAGUACCGUGUUUGAGUAUGUCUUCGGUUUCCUUCGUUGUGCCUUCCAUUUCUCUACUUAUGGUUUGGAUCCAUUGUUUUGCUGUGGUUCCUUACCUUGGUAGAAGUUCUUCA